AUGCGCCGCCAGUUUAGCGUCCGGGAAAGAGCGUGGACGCUGCCCACCGCCACACCCCCACUCCCCUCCGCUGCGAUCCUGAGUGCGGCGGACACCCGAUGGAUAAUGGCAGAAAUUGCGCGUGCGCGGAAGGGAACACCCGCAACCGGGUUGGACUCAGUAGUCGCUAAGAUCAACAGAGGCCUUGGCAACACUCACAACAGCAGCCGGGACGCAGGGUGCCAUCAGACAGAUCAGGGCCCACAAUACCUCUCCUCUAUGGAAUAUGUGGCAGCCCCAGGCCCCAGGCCAGUGGCCCCACUUCGAGUUGUGGAGAAUGUUGUUCCAGGAGCGGAGGACUGGCUGCCAAGAGCGUCUGGGCACCCAGCGGGAGCCACCAGCCUGGAGACAGAGCAUCAGGUGGAUCUGGAGCUGAGUGAGAAACAGCGGUUGCAGAUUUCUAAGGAGCUAGUUGAUCUUCAGCGUGAAACCCAUCACCUGCGCGAACAGCAUGAGGCUGAAGUCUUUGAGCUGAAGAGGGAAGUUCUUCGAUUGGAAAGUCGGGUGCUAGAGCUGGAGCUGCAUGGGGACAGUACCUGCCAGGGACACAGGGUCCAACCAGGGGCCAGCCCAGGGCAUCACCAGGUGCCACCACAAGAGCCACCAGGAGGCCAGCCGAAGCUACAGGAGGAAUUGAAAUGGGUACUGGAGCAUCACAGAGUCAGGCAGCAGGCACUGGAGACUCAAGUGGCAGCCCUAGGCCGGCAGUUGCAGGGGGCCCAAGAGGAAGCCAAGGCAGCUGGUCAGCAACUGGCAGCCCAAGCCAUGGUGCUGUCCACCUGUCAGGGUCAGCUCCGGCAGGCUGAAGCCGAAAAUGCUCAGCUGCAGCUGCAGCUCAAGAAGCUCACUGAGGAGUAUGCUGUCAGGCUGCAGCGCUGUGCCAGAGAGACAGUGGAGACUGCCAGUAGCACCGGUCGGGAGGACCUUCGAACAUUCCUGGAGGCCACCCUGCAGGACAUUCGGGCCGCACACCGAAGCCGAGAGCAUCAACUGGCCCAAGCUGCCCGGGCCUACCGCAAGCGCCUGGCAGAGCUGAGCUGGAGGCAGGAGUUGCUGCUAACCACCUGCAGGGCUACUUUUACAACAGCUAUCAACCUGAAGCCAUCACCCAUGUGCUGGGCCAGUGAACUCGGCCACCCAAGAGAAGAUGAGUAUGGCCGAUAUAGGACACUGCUCCUCUACCCAGAGAAGGGACCGGGUGAAGCUUCCAAGGAAGGCAGGCCACAGCCACUGGUCCUGGACACUGCAUCUUGGGCCCAAAUCCAGAAGAAGCUACAGGACUUCUCCCAGGAUACUCAGACAGAGCUAGAACGGGAACGGGCACAGUUGAUGGUCCGGGCCACCAUGGCAGAGCAGCAGCUUUCUGAGCUACAGGAGUAUGUGGACCAGCACUUGGGCAGGUACAAGCAGGAAAUCCUGAGACUGAGAAAGUUAGUGAAUCCAGGAGAUCCCCGAGGAGUAGAAGGAAUGCCUUCCACUAGGCCCCGGCGCCCAAGGACCCGGAGUCACUAACUAGCUAGUCUCCCAGAGGAAAGCCUUAAGUCAAAUCUCUUCACAGUCAGCAUGGAACCCUCUGCACACCCCACCCCACCC